AUGCCAAUGUAUUGGCAAGGAUUCUAUGGCCCACCUAAUGGGCUCCCUCAGUUGCACCAACAGUCUUUGCUUCGGCCACCGCCUGGACUGACCAUGCCUCCUUCCAUGCAGCCGCCUAUGCAGUUUUCUGGUUUCAAUGCGUCUUUGCCAAUCGGACCUCCUAGCUUGCCUGGUUCAAACCUGCCAGAAUAUUCUUCUCCUUUGGUCCCCAUUAGUACCAGUUCCCUCAAUUUAACCACUAGUUCUUUACCACCUUCAACUUUGCCUUCGACUCUGCCUCCUGUGCCACCUGGGAUGCUAUCUUCUGAAAAAUUACCAAGCAUGAUACCAAACAAGGCUCCAAUUUCUGCUAUUCCUACAGCAGCAUUAAGUGUUAGCUUACAGCCACUAUCUCCCUUGACUACUCCAAUUCUGGAUGUAAAUGCAAUUGGACCUCCAAUCUCGAACAAGCCUAGUGCAGUUCCUGGUCCACCCUUGCCAUAUCAAGACCAUGUCGCAGCCUAUAUCCACUGUUGCCGGGACAUCCAGUUCAAUCCAAGCAGAGACUCCCACCCCUUCACUUGUAACCCCAGGUCAACUGCUGAAGUCUGGACCUGCUGCAGUUGCUUCGUCCCAGUCUUCACAAAUGGCUCACAAAGACGUGGAGGUGGUUCAAGUAUCACCAACUCCAUCAUCAGAGCCGACAGCACCAGUUGUAGGAGAAGCUCAGCCCCCAAUACUGCCAACACCGCCAACUCACGUGUCCCAAAGCCGAAUGGAGCUCAUUUUCAAACUCAUUACAACCACAGGGGCCGUGGAAGUGGAAGAGGAAGAGGAACUGGGAUUUCACGUCCACUAACAAAAUUCACUGAGGAGUUUGAUUUUAUGGCAAUGAAUGAGAAAUUCAACAAGGAUGAAGUAUGGGGUCAUCUUGGCAAAAGUAGCAAGUCCCAGUCAAAGGAUAAAGAAGGAGAUGGACAAGGCAGUGAUGAUGAUGAUGAUUCUCAAUAUGAAGAUGACGCUGAAUUACUGAAGUUUGAGAUCAAGCCAGUCUAUAAUAAGGAUGAUUUUUUCGAUUCCCUCUCUUGCACUGCACUUGAUAAUGAUCCAAAUAAUGGAAGGACUAGGUUCUCUGAGCAAUUGAAGAUAGACACAGAGACCUUUGGCGAGUUCUCAAGGUACCGGGGUGGUCGAGGAGGCCGUGGGCCUGUUCGUGGUGGCCGUUUUCGAGGUUCUUACUAUGGAAGGGGGUAUGGCUAUGUUAAUCGAGGUCGUGGUCGGGGCUUUUCCAAUCGUGGUUCAUAG